AUGUUCACUAACAUUAGUAAUCGAACAUUUUCUAUUAUUCGUCAUUGUUUAAAACCUUCAUUUCCUAUGCGAAUUCAAAAUGCAUCGACAAAAAUACGAUUUAAUUAUGAAGAUGCAUUUGAUCUUGAGUCUCAAUUAAAAGAUGAUGAACGAAUGAUACGUGAUCAAUUUCGUGAUUAUUGUCAAGAGAAAUUAAUGCCAAGAAUAAUUGAAGCAAAUAGAAAAGAAAUUUUUGAUAAGGAAAUUAUGCGUGAAUUAGGUGACCUGGGUGUUCUUGGUCCAACUAUUCAAGGUUAUGGUUGUGCUGGUAUUUCAUAUGUUGCAUAUGGGCUAUUAGCUAGAGAAGUUGAACGUGUCGAUAGUGGUUAUCGUUCAGCAUUUAGUGUUCAAUCAUCACUUGUUAUGUUUCCGAUCAAUGAAUUUGGAACAGAAGAACAAAAAGAAAAAUAUUUACCAAAAUUAGCUACUGCUGAAUUAAUCGGUUGUUUUGGUCUUACGGAACCAAAUCAUGGUUCUGAUCCUGGUUCUAUGGAAACACAAGCACGUUGGGAUGAAAAUAAACAGGUUUAUAUAUUAAAUGGGACAAAAUCAUGGAUUACUAAUUCUCCUAUUGCUGAUAUUGCUGUUGUAUGGGCAAAAUGUGACGAUAAAGAAAUUCGAGGAUUUAUUUUAGAAAGAUCUAUGAAAGGUUUUACAACACCAAAAAUUGAAGGCAAAUUUUCAUUACGUGCUUCAAUUACUGGACAAAUUUCUAUGGACGAUGUUCACGUACCAAAAGAAAAUUUAUUACCAAAAGUUAAAGGUUUAAAAGGUCCAUUCAGUUGUUUGAAUAAUGCACGAUAUGGUAUCGCAUGGGGAGCAUUAGGUGCUGCGGAAUUUUGUCUUCAUACUGCUCGUCAGUAUACUCUCGAACGAAAACAAUUUGGUCGACCAUUAGCACAAACUCAAUUGAUUCAAAAAAAAUUUGCUGAUAUGUUAACUGAAAUUUCAAUUGGCCUUCAAGCAUGUUAUCGUGUUGGUCAAUUAAAAGAUGACAAUCGAGCAACACCUGAAAUGAUAUCAUUAAUAAAACGAAAUUCAUGUGGUAAAUCACUUGAUAUAGCACGUCAAUGUCGAGAUGUUCUUGGUGGUAAUGGAAUCUCAGAUGAAUAUCAUAUUAUUCGACAUGUUAUGAACUUGGAAGCUGUUAAUACGUAUGAAGGAACACAUGAUAUUCAUGCAUUGAUACUUGGUCGAGCUAUAACUGGUUUACCAGCUUUCACUUGA